AUGCUGUUGCUGCUGUUGCUGCUGUUGCUGCUGUUGCUGCUGCUGCUGCUGCUGCUGCUGUUGCUGCUGCUGCGUGUUAAGCGGGCUGCAGACUUUUAUAAAGAGACAAUUAUUUAUUUUCUUUUGUCUCUUUUUGUCAUCAGGUUUUCUGCUUCCUCUCCGUAUUUAAUGGAGCUCAAAAUCACCCGCCGCAUUGCUGCUGCUGCUGCUGCUACCUGCAGCAGCAGCAGCAGCAGCAGCGGCAGCAGCAGCAGCAGAAGAAGCAGAACAAAGGAGAAGCGAGAGGCCCCGUCGCAGCCUGCUAAAGGAGACUUGGAACAAUUGCAGAGCCCACUGUCUCCCGCAGCAGCAGCAGCAGCAGCAGCAGCAGCAGCAGCAGCAGCAAGGAGACAAAAAAGAGAAAGACAACACAGGCACAGGGCAGCAGCAAAGGAUGAAGAAGCAGCGAAAAACAGAAUAAAGGGAAACAAAGCAGCAGCAGCAGCAGCAGAUGCAGCAGCAGCAGAUGCAGCAGCAGCAGCAGCAGCAGCAGAUGCAGCAGCAGCAGCAGAUGCAGCAGCAGCAGCAGACACGCCGUGGGCCCCCAUACCCUCUCUUUUGCGCAUUAUAUUCAAAGCUUCCGGUCGCUCGCCAUUGCAGCAGCAGCAGCAGCAGCAACAGCAGCAGCAGCAGCAGCAGCAACAACAGCACUGCAAUGAAGCAGAACAGCAACGAAGCGCACGAAAAGCGGGGGACUUUCUCAGGGGUCAUCCCAGCAGCAGCAGCAGCAGCAGCAGCAGCAGCAGCAGCAGCAGCAGCAGACGGAGAGAAGCAGGUCUGAAUCGGGAGAAGAGAAACAAAGAAAGAGUCAAGUCUCCAAACGGAGACAGUUGUGUCUCUUUGUCUCCUUGCAGCUCUUUGUCUCCCCCGCCCCUGCUGCACCGCCCAGCAGCAGCAGCAGCAGCAGCAGCAGCAGCAGCAGCAGCAGCAGCAGCGGCAGCAGCAGCAGCAGGCACAAGCCCCCGCUGCAUCGCCCGCACGACUCGCAGCUUCACUUCAACCGUGUCCAUCAGCAGAAGCAGCACAAGGCCACCCGCAGCAGCAGCAGCAGCAACAUUAGCAGCAGCAGCAGCAGCAGCAGCAGCAGCAAGGGGAGAAAGCUGGCUUGUCUCCGAAUACUGGCAGGAGACAGCAGCAGCAAAGAUGCAGCUGAACAAGGCACGCGCCCCCAAAUGCGCUACUGCUGCUGCUGCUGCUGCUGCUGCUGCUGCUGCUGAUAGCUCUGUGUCUAAAGUACUGCAGCAGCAGCAGCAGCAGCAGCACGGCACUCAUUUGAGAAGCAAAAGCAAGCAGCAAAAAGGAGAGAGUUUUCGUGGAGUGAUAAACGCAGCAAAAGAUGCUGCAGCAAGAUAUCCUGCUGCUGCAGCAGCAAGCUCUCCUGUUGCUGCAGCACGCGUUGCUGCUGCAGGAACUCUUUAUGGGCCGCCACCCGCAGCAGCAGCAGCAGCAGCAGCAGCAGCAGCAGCAGCUUCUCAAACUGCAGCUGGGGAGGCAGCUGCUGCAGUGCUGCCCCUUGCUGAUGCUGCUGCUCCUCAAGGAGAGCCUGCUGCUUCCCUUGCUGCUGAUAUGCUGCCACCUGCUGCUGCUGCGGCCUCUUUUGCUGCUGCUGCUGCUGCUGCGGAGCCUACUGCUAAGAGAGCUUUCUCGCCCGUUGCAAAAGGGUCAGAAGCUGCUGCUGCUGCUGCUGCAGCUGCAGCAACAGCAGCACCAGCUCCGACAAACGUUGAGCCAGCAGCGCCACCAGCUUUGGAAAGAGCUGCAGCAGCAGCAGCAGCAGCAGCAGCAGAAGCAGCAGCAGCAGCAGCAGCAGCAGCAGCAACACACACAAAAGGAACCACGCAGGCGCUCCGCCUCAUAGCUGCUUACAGAGCGAAAAGCUUGGCAGAGCGACAGCAGCAGCAGAUGCAGCAGAUGCAGCAGCAGCAGCAGCAGCAGCAGCAGCUGCAGCAAAGGCCACAACAGCUUCCUGAAACAGUUGCUGCAGUGCUUAGUAGCAACGGCAGUAGCAGCAGCAGCAGCAGCAAGGAACGAAUGGAAGGCUCGCCACUUCGGAGCAGCAGCAGCAAGAGGCAGGGCAUGUGUGAAGAUCAGAGGAAGCAGGACAACAGCUGUGGCAGCAGCAGCAGCAGCAGCUGCAGCAGCAGCUGCUGCAGCUGCAGCAGCAGCUGCAACAAGAGCUGCGAGCUACCUGUGGGGUCUCCCAGAGUGGACACCCGGAGGGUGCUGCGCGGCGGGCACAGCAGCAUCAGCAGCAAGAGCAGCAACAACAGCAGCAGCAGCAAAAAGGAGCUGCAGCACGAACAGAAACUGCAGCAGCAGCAGCAGCAGCAGCAGCAGCAGCCUCUAGCUUUGCCUGCUGUUCUUAAAUUCAAACCUCGGCGAUUGUCUGCUGUCUCCACAGGCUGCUUGCCCCGCGAGCAGCAGCAGCAGCAGCAGCAAAAGCAGCAGCAGCAAGAACAGCAGCAGCAACAGCCGCAGCGGUCGCAGUCGAGCGCAGGCGAGCCUGGAGCAGCAGCAGCAGCAGCAGCAGCAGCAGCAGCAGCAGCAGCAGCAGCAGCUUCAGCAGCAAAAGGCCCUCCAAAUGCCUCUCAGUUGGCAGCAGGCACUUCUGGUGCAGGAGCAACAGCAGCAAAAAUAUCAGCAGCUGCAGCAGCAGAAACAUCAACAGCUGCUGCUGCUGCAGCAGCAGCUGCAGCAGCAGAAACAUCAGCAGCUGCAGCUCCUGCUGCAGCAGCAGCAGCUGCAGAAUUACCUCGUAAGGCCCGCAGUGUCUCUCGCCCUGGGUACCUUUUGAAUUACAAAAAGCAGCAGCAGACCGACACAGUGGCUGCUGCUGCUGCUGCUGCUGCUGCUGCUGCUGCAUUAGUGAGCUGCGCCGGGAAGCAGCAGCAGCCGCAAGAACAGCAGCAGCAGCAGCAGCGGCUGCUGCUGCUGACAGAAGCUAGCAGCAAAAGCGGGCCUUCAGUCAAGGUGACAAAAGUCCACUCUAGCAGCGCUGAGCCUGCUGCAGCAGCAGCAGAAGCAGCAGCAGCAGCAACAGCAGCAGCAGAAGCCUCGUCGACAGGGACAAGAGCAGCAGCAGCAGCAGCACUACAAGCAGCAAACGGAGAAGUAACUACAUCAGCAGCAGCAGCAGCAGCAGCAAUGCCCGCAGCAGCAGCAGCAGCAGCAGCGCUGCCCCCUGAAAAAACAAUAACACGCUGCUGCAGUGGGAAGCUGACUACGGACUCUUCAGCCCCCAGCAGGAGCAGCAACCGCAGCAGCAGCAACUGCAGCAGCAGCAGCAGCAGCAGCAGCAGCAGCAGCAGCAGCAGCAAGUGCAUAAUAGGGACAGUACAACAACUCGAAAGGAAAAGGGCCCCCAAGUUGCUUCGAAGGAGAGCAGCAGCAAAUAGGGGGGUGGGCCCCGUCAAGCUGCGUGUGCGUCACCAGCUGCUGCUGCUGCAGCUGCUGCAGCAGCAACUGCAGCAGCAGCAGCAGCAACUGCAGCAGCAGCAGGUGCAGCUGCAGCACCAACGGCUCCUCGCGGAAGCAGCUGCAGCACAGCCUCAAGCAGCAACCAGCUUGCCUCUUAGUUCUGGGGCCCCUGCUGCUGCUGCUGCUGCUGCUGCUGCUGCUGCUGCAUCGGCAGGGGCAGAAGACAGCUGCAGGCCCGAAAAGCGGAGGCCCCCAGCUGCUGCUGCUGCUGCUGCAGCUGCCACAGCAGCAGCAGCAGCAGCUGCUUCUACAGAAGCAGCUCCAAAGCAGCCUUCACCGUCCCCAGCAGCAGCAGGCGCAGCAGCAGCAGCAGCAGCAGCACGAGCACACCCAACUCCACCGUCCCCAGCAGCAGCAGCACCAAAACCAGCAGCAGCAGCAGCAGCAGCAGCAGCAGCAGCAGCAAAUAUGGGGGGCCCCCACUGCAGCAGCUCUAACUGGCUGCAAAGGAGACAAGGAGACCCGCAGCACACGCUGCGGCUGUACAUGCAUGCAGCAGCAAAGCAGCAGCGGCUGCUGCAGCUGAAGCAGCAAGUGAGAAUGGCAUUUAAUUAA